AUGUACAAACAUUUAACUCAAGCACAAAUCGACAAAUAUGCAGCUACUUUCGAAACGUUCGCAACAAAUGAAUCUGGUGUAAUAAAAACUGAAGAGUUUUUUGUUAUAAUGCGUUGUAUGGAUCUAACACCAACAGAAACUCAGCGAAGAAUGGUGCAGGAGAUACAUUUGAAAUAUAAUGGAAAACUAGAUUUGGAAAAGUUUCUUUUAGUAAUGAGAGAAAGUUCAAGGACACCGGACAGUAAAGACAAACUCUCUGAGUGUACACAUGAAGAUAAGAUAGAGCAGACAAACACGCCGAACGUGCCGAAAGCGUCUAAACCCUUUACUCAGAAAGAAAUCGAUGAAUAUACAGCUACAUUCGAUACAUUUGACAUAAAUUCUUAUGGGACAUUAAAAACCCAAGAGUUUUUUGUUAUAAUGCGUUGGCUGGAUCUGCGUCCUACAGAAGUUCAAUUGAAAAUGCUGAAAGAGACUGAUUCAAAGUUUGGAGGAAAAAUCGACCUAAAUAAAUUUCUACUCUUAAUGAAAGAAAAUAGAAAGUUAUCUGACAGUAAAGAAGAACUUCCUGAACACACAAUUGAGGAUGAAAUGGAGAAGACCACCGCAUUGAAAGUGUGUAAGUCUUUAACUCAGCAAGAAAUCGAUGAAUAUACAACUACAUUUGAAGUAAACUCAAUUUAA